CAUUCUAAUAUUAUUGUUUCGUACUUGGGUGACGCAUCCCAUCAGAGACAACAAUCCUGUCAGGAGAGUGACAUUAAUGGCGUGCUGGUGACUGCUGCAGCACGCUGAGCACACAUACUGCUGGCAGAGAUGUGAGGGGCGCGCCGGGGCCUCGUAAUUCAUGCUAAUGGCGGAUGUAAUAAUGAGAAACCUGGACCCCCUGAUCAGGGUGACCACAGCCAGCCCUACCAUCACUACCACUACAACCUUCACUACCACAACUACCACCACCACUACUACCACCACAACUACCACCAUCGAGCCUCCAGACAAUACCACUAUACCUGAGCCUCCAGAGGAUGGCUUCUGCAAAUUUAUUUUAUACAUGGAGAUAGGAGAUUCCAGAGUGCGUGUCUGGGACUUAUUGCUGCUCCUGCCAACACUUCUCUUUCUCAUUGGUCUUCUUGUUAAGAUAAACAGUGCAAGACUCAAGCUGCGUGCUGUACACAGUCCAAUAUAUGCAACAUUUUAUGGCCUGAUUUGGCUCAAUACAUUAAUAUCAGUGGCAAGAUGUGUGGUGUCAAUGACUGUUAAUGCAGCAACGCCAUCUGGAGAUGUGGCCAACAAGUUAUUGUAUGUUAUUGUACGGUUCUUCUUGCUGGCCACAGAGAUGAGUGUCGUGGUUUUUGCAGUAUUUUUUGGACACCUGGACAACAAGACUAGUAUCAGACGAGUUCUUGUUGUGACCUCGAUGAUCGCCCUUCCGUACUCGGUGGUCCAAGGGGCCCUGGAGGUGCUGACUCCAGACCAUGAUUUCUAUGUCCCCAGCAAGGACUAUGAACUUUAUGGCCAUGGCGGCUCCCUCUUCUGGCUUGUCUCUUCCAUUAUUUUUACACUGAUCUACUCUUUCAUCUUGGUAUUGAGACUGGAUUGGCUGAGGAAGCGUUUUCUCUUUCUCUUAUGGAUGCCAAUGAAGCGUGCAUUUUACGUGUACCUGGGGUUCUUAGCUGUACUGAACUUGAUUCAGUGUGUUGGCAGCGCUCUCUACCAUAUGCAUCAGGCUGCUGGACUCUGUCUCGUCAAUGCUACCACCUGGACCUACUUCUCUCUUCUCACUCCUCUUAUCUACUAUACUUUUAUAUCAGAAUUUUUUGGGCAAAAGAGUCGUGAGCAGGUGGAGAACAUCGUCUUCUCAUAUAAAUCAGAAGAUGACGAUGAUACAAGCUCGUUACCUCUUCCUGGCUCAGAAUUCCCCCAGCAGAACAUAUACCAGGCAAGUGGUGCUCCUUACAGCAGCUUGUCUGAAGAAAUAACUGGUGAUGGACAAACUCCAGUCAACCCUUUGUACACUGCUUCCCUCCAGAGUCCAGACUCCAUCACUGGCUACUCCAUUAACUCCGUCGAUGAUAUUACCAUCAAUGCAUACAACAAAUCUCAAACGCAGUGAAUUGGUAAUAAGACUAGAUGAGGAAGUACAAUACAGUAGAAGCAGGGAAAAAAAAAAUCUUCUGUGACCCUUUUUUUGUACAGUAUAUAGAAUUGUGUUUCUUGUGGGAUAAUUUUAUAUGACUGUGUGCAAGCCAGGACUCAGAUAUAGACAACAUCACUACCAGUCACACCAAGGUUUUAUAUUUUUUAAUAUUUGUGGAUAGUUUGGUCUACUUUCAUAUUUAACCAAAAUAGUGUAAACUUCUUGCAAUGAAGUCUGUCCCACAUUGUGUGCUCCGUAGAAUGUAGUAUAUUCCUCUGAUAUUUUAAUGGUGUAAGAAGCAUGUGUUGAGUGCAUGGCAGUGGGGUGAGUAUACAAAAGUGGGACAAGUACAUGGAAGCUAGCGAGUGUGUGUGUGUGUGCAUGUGUUGGAAUUGAGCUUCAUCUCCUAGGACCACCUCUUUACUUUCAGUUGACCGACGCGAUUUCAUUUUCGUAUUUACUCUUGAAUUUGUUCAAAGUGUGCAGUUUACUCGCAUUCAUUUAUUAUUCAUUUAACUCAAAAUAUUUUCUAAUUCAAUCAUCUUUGGACAUCUUUUUUCUGAAAGAUAAUUUCACAUCCUUCCUGCUCUUAUAUAUAAUGUGCCAUUUUGAGCAAUCUAUACAUUGACAUUCACCAGUGGGUUUUUUUUUUUUAUCACUUCUUUCUUACUGGGUCUUCUCUAAUCUACUACAUGUUCAUUUGGUAUGAAAUCAUCAGUACCUUCUGCCAGUCAAUUAAUUAGUUUUUUCUUUCCCUUAUCACUGUUAAUAUUAUUUGACAAUUUCUUAUUGCUAUGAAUAAAAUUGGUUUUAUUUCUAUAAUGUUUGGUAUAAAAGAUUGUAGCAAGGUUUGAGCUAGUGACACUCAGGAUCCUGAUGGUUGAUGAUUGUCAUGCUGUGUGUUUGACAUUUCCUAUUUGCAGCUAUAUUAUUAUAAUCAUAACAAAGUGCUAAGCCCACAAGAGUCAUACAGCAUACCAAAGGUUUAAUAUGCUUGAUCAGAGACUAGUGAAGGUAAAGAGUAUAACAGAGGUAGAGUUAUAAGGGUGAUGUGAAGUGCUGAAGGAAGUAUAAUCGAAGUUUGUAUAGUAAAUCUGUUGCUGUCAAAAAGUCAGAGAGGGAGUUUGUGUCAAAGGUGGGAUUUGCAGCUAUAGGAGCAGGGUUCCUGCAGCCACAAAUUGUCACCUUGUGUGAUCCCAGAGUGUCACAUGUUUUCUGAGUGUUACUGAAGUUCAGAUUUCCACAAAAGUUUCUAUUCACAGAUUAUUUUUUUUCCUUGCACAGUUUGGCCUUGUAUUCAGUUUUAGUAAAAUAACUGAGUACAGAGUUUCAUUAAUGACCAAUUUUUGACUGGCAUUUCUAUGGUCAAUAGUUCCAAAUAUAUUUCUUGGUCUCUGUAAUGUGUUGAUAAAGGUAUUAAACUCUAUAGAUUAUAACAUUUUUCCCUCACUAAGUCAUCAGUAUCUGAAGGAACUGCAGUGUUUGUGUACAACACAUGACGGUCACUCACACUGGUACUGUAUUUUGUUUAAAAAGUCCUUGUUGAAGUUCCUGAAGUCUUUGUUGAUAUUAAACACUCCACUAAAGUUACCCUGUGUGUGGACCUUUGCUGGUAGCCUCUUGUGUUAUGUCAACACUAAGGUCUUUCUUAUUUUUCUUUGACAAUUGUUAUUAGUCAUACCUAAGUGCUAAACUCACCAGGAUCUAAUUAUUAUUACAGUCAUACCAAAGUGCUAAACCCACUAGGGUCCAAUUAUUAUUACAGUCAUACCUAAGUGUUAAACCCACUUGGAUCAUGCAUUUUUUUUUUUUGGGGGGGGGGGUGGGAGGGGGGCCAGUUUUCUCCCACUCAGGUGAUGCAUUACUCCAGGUUGCAUUUCUCCUACUAACAACAUUACUUUUACCUCUGUAUUGUUCCAGUCACAGUAUUGUGUCUUUUUUGUUCUUUAUUGACCCUCAGAUUGAACUUGGUCAUUUAUCACUCUUCCAGCUUGUCAGUAUUUUGCAGCUUGCAUUUUCUCUACCUAAAUUCUUUGCAUGAACUUUGUGUGCAUCUUAGAGUGUUUAUAUAAUGUAUGCAUGUAUGUAUGCGAGUGUGUGUAUGUGUGUGUGUGUGUUUAUUUGCUUAUGUCAUUCGUGUGUGUAAACAGUACUGUGUAACUGUAUAUAGCACAUCUUUGAUUGUUUUUGAAAUUGGCCUCAUCUAUACCAUUUCUGCUUUAUUUUGUUUAUGCAUCAUAAAGUGAAGUUGAUUUGAACUAAAAGGGUGAAUAUGGCUGUAUGUAUUUAUGUGAAUGCUUGAAAAUGAGACAUGAAAGGAAUUAAUAUAUGAAGUACAAUCUGGGCAUAAUUCUCCAAACUACGUCAUCAUUGGCACUUCUUGUAUUGUUGCAUUAUUACCUAGGUUCAAACAGAUGGCAUUAUUUUCAUUGCAAAUGCACCCAAGAAAUAUUGAAAAAAAAAUGGUGAGCACUUCUACUGCUUGGAGAGACUGGCUUGGCUGACAGUACACUUAAGAUGCUUAGAGCACUGACAGCCAAGCAUUAAGGUUUAAAUAGUGUUAAUAGAUGAGCUUAUUUGUGAAAGCAUUAUCUGUGUUAUCUUAAAAACAACUUUUGAGAUGUCUCCUAGAAUCUUGAGUUAAGUUUUUGAAUGUACAGUAUUAGGAGGCAGGCAUACUGAAUGUUAAGACAAAGGUUGACAAAGGUUUAUGUUGUAGAUACCAGGAGUUAUUAGGUGGCUUUAUCAGGCAUUUUAUUUCCCAGAGCAGUGCCAAGUGACCCCUGAGAGUUUAGCACUCUUUGUGGCUAUAAUUGGAAGCUUCCUAGGUGAAGAAUAUUUACACAGCAUAUGCCUAUUAUGAUUUUUCAGCAAAUUAAGAAAAACAACUCCUUUCUAUAUAGAUAUGUUAAAGCUUCAGUAACUUUGGUACUCUAUUCUGUAACUUAGGUACUGUAUUUUGUUAAAUUAUAGAACAAGACUGAACAAUUUUUUUAUAUAAAACUAUUGGUAGAAUGACUUGUCAAGGAAUCUCCUUAUUUUAUAAAUACUCUUUUAAUAAGUGGCAUUAUGCCAUUGAUAAAAAUGGCUUCCCUUAUGUUGCUAGCAGUCUGAAGAACACUCUUGUGUUGACUGUGUCCCUAGUGUUAUGACAACUUAGGCUACACAAUAUGGUAGAUCAUUGAUUAUCCAGCCUCUCUGGGAGGAGGCUGAAACACAUUUUAGUUUCAAGAACACUGAAUGAUGACAUCCUUUUGUAUGGCCCCUUUGUUUUACGCACUUUUGCAUUCUGUUUACUUGCCAGACCAAAUCAGACCACCGAAUGACCAGUUGCCAGGUUGGUCUACCAUAUUCAAUUUAGUUAUGGACACUUGGAAAGUACUGUUGAUGAAGAUGUAAUGACAAGCAUCACACAAGGACAAGCUAUUAUUGUAGGUGUUUUCCUACAAAUGUAAUCAAGGCCUGGUCAUGAACCAGGCCUUGUUGAGCCCUGAAAAACAUGUAAACAAAUGUUUUCUACAAUAAAGACUCCUUUGUGUGGUGUUCAUCU